AUGAGGGGGAGAUUUAGCAACAUCAAAAUCACCUUCUCCGGUCGGCUUCCGGACAAAGACGUCAUUGUCGAUUCCAGCCAAAAGCCGGACGGAUUUAGCCGCCGCACCAUCACCUUCUUCAUCUCCAUCGUCGGCGCCGGCGUACUUGGCCUCCCGUACACUUUCAUGCGCACCGGAUGUCUGACCAGCCUCGUCACCGUCUUCCUCGUCGCUGCCCUCACCUAUCACUGCAUGAUAUUCCUCAUCCACACCCGUCGCAAGCUCGAGGACUCCGCCGCCUGCGCCUUCCCAAAGAUCUCAUCUUUCGGAGAUCUAGGGUUGGCCGUCUGUGAGCCCAUCGCCAAGUUCGUCGUCGAUGCACUGAUCGUCCUCUUUCAAGCCGGAUUCUGCAUCGGCAUACCUCACCUUCAAAAUUGGAGAUUUUUUAGGAAAAUUGGGAUUGGGGGAUUGGUGGGAUGUGGCGUAGGCGUUUGGGAUUUCCGGUGUCCAUGA